AUGGUAGAUAGAUAAUGGUACUGAGGUGCACUCUCUUACGUACUUGCGCUGUUUUGCUGACAAUUGAAUCCAGCGCAUGUGCAUCUCCCAAGUACUGAAAAUCGGCCUUUCCGUCUUUUGUGCUCGAGAGAUUCUUUGAGAGUGCCUUCGAAGACGAUUCCAAUAAAACAAACCAGUAGCAGCAAAAAAAAAACAGUGCUCUGAAUAAAAUUUUCUAAUCAAAACCAAACAAACUUAAAAAUCUUUUAGUUCAUUUUAAUUUGAUUUUUCGAGUGUUGCUCAGUCUCUAAAAAAAAGAAAACAUGGGCAAAGAGAAGGUUCAUAUUAAUAUCGUGGUUAUUGGCCAUGUUGAUUCUGGUAAAUCUACCACCACUGGCCAUUUAAUUUACAAAUGCGGUGGCAUUGAUAAAAGAACAAUCGAGAAAUUCGAAAAAGAAGCCCAAGAAAUGGGCAAGGGCUCCUUUAAGUAUGCAUGGGUCUUGGACAAACUAAAGGCCGAACGAGAACGUGGUAUUACUAUUGAUAUUGCUCUUUGGAAAUUUGAAACAGCUAAGUACUAUGUGACAAUUAUUGAUGCACCUGGACAUCGUGAUUUCAUUAAGAACAUGAUUACUGGCACUUCGCAAGCUGAUUGUGCUGUGUUGAUUGUCGCCGCUGGUACUGGUGAGUUUGAGGCUGGCAUCUCAAAGAAUGGACAGACUAGGGAGCAUGCUCUUUUGGCCUUUACAUUGGGUGUAAAGCAGCUGAUUGUUGGCGUUAAUAAGAUGGACUCUACUGAACCUGGCUACAGCGAGUCACGUUACGAGGAAAUCAAGAAGGAAGUCUCAUCUUACAUCAAGAAAAUCGGUUAUAACCCCGCAUCGGUUGCAUUUGUACCAAUUUCUGGUUGGCAUGGUGAUAAUAUGUUAGAACCAUCGGAAAAAAUGCCCUGGUUCAAAGGAUGGACUGUCGAACGUAAAGAGGGUAAAGUUGAAGGAAAAUGCUUAAUCGAUGCUUUGGAUGCUAUUUUGCCACCACAGCGCCCAACCGAUAAGCCAUUGCGCUUACCUCUUCAGGAUGUGUACAAAAUUGGAGGUAUUGGAACUGUACCAGUGGGACGAGUUGAAACUGGACUUUUGAAACCAGGAAUGGUUGUCAAUUUUGCACCAGUCAACCUUGUCACUGAAGUCAAGUCAGUUGAAAUGCAUCAUGAGGCUCUAUCCGAAGCAUUACCCGGUGACAACGUUGGAUUUAACGUUAAAAACGUAUCUGUAAAAGAAUUGCGUCGUGGAUAUGUGGCUGGUGAUUCCAAGAACUGCCCACCCAGGGGAGCAGCUGACUUUACUGCUCAGGUAAUUGUUCUUAAUCAUCCAGGACAAAUAGCAAACGGCUAUACACCAGUUCUCGAUUGUCACACUGCUCAUAUUGCUUGCAAAUUUUCCGAAAUAAAAGAGAAAUGUGAUCGUCGUACCGGAAAAACCACCGAAACUGAUCCGAAAUCGAUUAAAUCUGGUGAUGCAGCCAUUAUUAUUUUGGUUCCAACCAAACCAUUAUGCGUUGAAAGUUUCCAAGAGUUUCCGCCGUUGGGACGUUUUGCUGUACGUGACAUGCGACAAACUGUCGCUGUUGGUGUCAUCAAAUCAGUUAAUUUCAAAGAAACCACUUCGGGCAAAGUAACAAAAGCCGCCGAAAAGGCACAAAAGAAGAAAUAACUAGAGUGCCAUCAGAAUAACGACAACAUUGAACUUAUUAAUUAUAUUAAUAAUAAUAAUGCAAAUAUUCUUCAUAUUGAUAAUAAUAAAAAAAUAAAAAAUCAUUUUCAAUGUCACCAGCAGCUACAGCUCAUUGUCGGUAUCAUAAUCGACCGUGCCGCAGUGCAAUCCAUCCCAAAUAUCUUUAAUUGUUCAUCAUCAUCAUCAUUAUUAGCACCAAGACUCACACGUUUUCUAGAACAGCAUCGUUUUGUGGAGGAAUUUCCAAUAAAGAAAUCAACAACUUCAAAUGAUCAUCGACCCAUUAAGUUGUUUAAGAAAGCAGACUCUAUGGGAAUAUCUAACAGACACGGCAGUAGAAGCAAAACAUCAAAUACAGAUUCAGCAAUUAUUAUUCAUACAAUUAUACUCUUAGACAUAAUAAUGUGCUUGAAUUUCAUUAUAUACUAUAUAUAUCUAUAUCUGUACCGCCAUCGUAAGUCAUUUCGUAGGAAACCAAGCAUAGAAAUCAUAAAUAAUCAUUACAUAAACUACUAUCCAUCCCAAAAUCAUCAAACAAAUCAAAUGGCAGUUACUAUUUAAAUCUUUGACAAAAAUGUAUCUGUCCAUCAUUCAUUUGAUUUUUUCUUUUUAAUUUUUCAUCAUUGUUAUACUCUCCUCUCAUUGACAAUUUAUUUGAUCUUAUUGUUUUUCAUAUUCUAUCACUUGUUAUAAUCUUUAUAUUUCGUUCGAAUCAUUAUAUUAUACACACCCCCUCUAAAAGCAAUUGAGUGCAAUUUGUACGUUAUGUUAACUUUUAAGUACUGAUUAAUCGAACUUUGUUUUUAUUUAUGAAAAAAAGAAAAAAAAAAAAACGGAAAAUUGAUAAACAAAAUAAUCAAGUGUAUUACAUUAAGUUCCCCGCAAGGAAGCAAAAUAUAUGUAAAAGCUAUUCUCAUAUAAAAUAUGUAUCUAUCUUUAGAUUGUAAACAAGAAUUUAAUUCUUCACUCAGUAAAAAAAAAAAAAAAAAAAAACAA